UCUCUCAGUUCGAUGUCUGUAAACGAAAAUAGUGAGAAUAUGAACGUAGAACAACCACCUGGCGAUAUUGUGGAAGAAAAGAAAUCUACAAGUCCAAUGAAACCAGUAGCGAUUGACCCAAAGAGAGGACCGCUGAAAAGAACUUCUUUUUCAAAGUCGAAUAAAGUCCACUCAAACUUCAAAUCACCGGGUCACGUCACCAAAAUUUCCAAAGCGAGUCUUGAAGAAGAGGUGGAGGAUUUGGAGCGAAGGCAAAUGCAGCUGGAUGCUGAGAUUGCACAGCUUGAACUGGAAGGAUACAAAGUGGAGGAGCUGAACGAUCACAUUGAUAUGCUGCACGAGUACAAUGACAUUAAGGACAUUGGACAGUCUCUCCUGGGCAGAUUAGCUACUCUACGUGGGACCACCACACGAGACCUCUACAGCCACUUUGGUUUGCAAUUGGACGAUUGACAGUAAAAAUGACGUUUUUGAAAAAUGGAGCUGGCUGUCAACUUUAAUUUAUCCAAACAACAGUGUAUGAAAUACACAUCUGAAAAGGUUUAUUAGUUAUUUAGAAAAAAAUGUAUUUAAAUGUGUUAAAGCAUUGUGUGUAAAGUUUUCACACGGACACAUCAUUCUUUCCAACUGAAAGCAUGUCACAAUUCAGCUACGUUGGGUGCACAGCAUUUCAAAAAUGAGAUUGUAUUUCUAUUUUGUUCACGUGAUUUCAUACCAUCGAUGAAGCUUUACAGACAGCUCAGCUCCACGGCGUCCUACACAAAAGUUUCCUCAGUUGAGUGCUUGUGGGUGUGUCCUUAUCUGCCUUGAAACAGUGUGUGGGUUUUUGCCACUGGAGCAGCACAGGCAAGCGUUUUUGUGGCCUCCAGUGAUGCUAAUUUUUGGUCUACUUUCAGACUCAUCUCAUGUUUUUAUCUUGAGGCAUAACUGUGUAUCAGAUCUCUGUAGAUAAUAAAGUUAUAUUAAGAGUUAACGUUUAUCUCUUUAGACUUUGGUAUUGUUAAAGUAACUAUUGAUAAGAAUAUCUGCUCAAAUUAGCGGGUGCCUUCCAGGCCACCGAGGUAACGCGCAGUUGUCAAGCCACGCACCUUCCUUAUGUACACUUUGACCUACAGUAUUUGCUGCCAUUGCUCUUUCUGAAAUUAACUGAUUCACUUAUCGAUGAAAAUGCAAUCGUCAACUCGUUGCCUGCCAAUGACGGGAUAGAUGUCAAAUUCAUUUGAAUGGAAUUACUGGCAGGGGCUAAAUGGAAGUCAAAAGUUUCUGAGGUGACUUUUUCCAUAGCUCAUUGUUUGCCAUUGACAUCAAAUGAUCGCUGUCAGCCCUCCCCGUCAAAAUGGAUUGGAUUUGUACCACCAUCAUGGCAGUUAAUGAGUUCAGACGUACAAAACUAAAUGUCCUUACCCGACAUGUGACAUUUCGAAGUUACCAAAAGGCCAAAGCUGAUGUCUAUUUUGAGCUAGCAUGCAAGGAGGUGUGCAUUCACUUGUUUCCCAAAACUGAGGCACUGUAUUUGUUGGUGUUUCCAUUUUUAUCAUGU